AAUCCGGAGGAAUGGCGACGGCGAUUGUACGUUCAGCUCUUUCCCGAGCAGCGAUCAGCGCAUCUCCGAGGACAUCCCUUGCCCCCAAGCGAAGAUUCUCAUCUUCUGCCGGCCAUGACGAUGCCUUUGAAGCAGCAAAGUGGGAGAAGAUAACAUAUUUGGGGAUUGUUAGUUGCACUGCUCUUGCCGCCUAUGUUUUAUCAAAGGGUCAUCACCACGGCGAAGACCCUCCUGCCUAUCCUUAUAUGCACAUCCGUAACAAGGAGUUUCCAUGGGGUCCAGACGGUCUGUUCGAGGUGAAGCACAAUGAAGGGCAUUGAAAUGUUUUGUCUUUACAAAAACUUCUUCUUUGUUCACUUGAUAGGCUGAAUGCUUAUUUGUCUUUGAAUUAUAACUUUUGUCAGCUAUUUGAUACUCCAAUCUCAUUUCAUGUGUUUGGAAAUAAGAAUACUCCUUUUGUAUUGGUAUCAUCAGACACUUGUGUUUUUCCUCAAAUCUCUUGUGAUUCAAUCUCGAUAAAAUAAGAUAUUGACACGGAACUAGUAGUACGAGUAUGCUAUAUAUUGA